AGAGACCAAGCCAAUCCUCGGGGAAACCUCAGCUCCGUGCUCGCCCACUCCUUCCGUGAGGACCAUUAUACACACACGCUCCCAUCCGAACCCUAGCCUUAGCUAACCCGGCGCUUGCCAUGCUCUCCACAGCACCAGCCGCGUAUUCCACCUCCUUCGCCGCCUUUCCCACCCUCGCGCGGCGCCGGCACCGGCACCGCCGCGUUCUGCUACCGUUCGCCGCGGCGACGGACGGGGCGGAGCGGUUCGCCGCGAGCAGCUCCAUUGCGGAUUACCUCCGGUACCGCCGCCCGAUGUCCGGGGACCUCUCGGUGGGAGGGGGUGGCGGCAAGCUGCAGACGGCCGUGGUGCGGUACGAGAAGCGGUUUCCAUGGUCGCUCAUCCACCCUUUUCUCCGUGUUGAUUUGGUUUCUACUGUACACAUUGCUGACAAAGAAUAUUUUGAUAAACUCCAACAAGCACUUGCAGACUAUGAUUGUGUUCUGUAUGAAAUGGUGAUAAGUCGGGAUAAUUUAAAUAACCAGCAGGACCCAACGUUUGCGAAGAAGCUGAGAUCUUCGCGCAAAGGUUUCAGUAUUCUUGGUUUCAUACAGAAACAAAUGGCUCGUAUCCUUUCAUUGGAUUACCAACUAGAUUGCCUUGAUUAUGGCGAUGAGAAAUGGCAACAUGCUGACCUUGACUAUGAGACAUUCAAGCUGCUUCAGACUGAAAGAGGUGAAAGCUUUCUCACAUUUGCAGUGGACAUGACCCUGAAAUCAACUAAAGCAUUGGUACAACCAACUUCUCCAGCUGGUCUUGAUUUCUGGAGAUCCAAGUUGCUAUGGGCCUCGCGUGUUCUACCAAUGCCACUUAUUGGACUAUUUGUUAUCACCGGGCUUUGUUUGCCAGUGGAUAAGCAAGAUGGAUAUCCUGAGCUGGAAGCAUUAUCCAAACUAGAUUUAGGAGCUGCUCUUAAGAUUUUUCUGGCUAAGCAAUUGACCUCUGAUUUCAAUGCUAUGACUGCACCUGCUGAGGAUAAGUCAGUUAUAAUUGGGGAAAGGAACAGAGUUGCAACUGAGAAGAUAAAGGGUGCGAUAAACCGAGGGUACAAGAGAAUAGCGGUUCUGUACGGAGGUGGGCAUAUGCCAGACCUUGGAAGACGUCUUCGAGAAGAGCUAGAUAUGGUCCCAUCCAAUGUGCAAUGGGUCACAGCAUGGUCAAUAAGAAGCCGGGAGCUAGAUAAAAAAUCGCUUCCAUUUUUGAAGACGAUGGCUGAGGUUUCAGGGUGGCCUUUGAAUAGAUAUGAAACACUUGCUUUGCUAAUCUUUUCUUCAGUUCUUGCAGUGGAUCUAUGGUUUUGGGAGUUUCUCGUGGAAAGCAGUCUGAAUUGGGCAUCUUUGGCUGGUUCCUGGAUUGAUCAAUUUAGUGCUCCAUUUUGACAAA